GACCAAUCAGAAUCUCUUCGGCGCGCUUCCGGUUUUUGUUCAAAUGUCUUUUGCAUGCGAUCGCGAAGAGACAACACAAUCUUACAAGACCAAGAAAUAAAUCAAAUAAACGCACAUUUGUACAUUUUUGCUUCAUAAAGACGCGAAGAAAGCGUAUUAAGGAUAUUUCAGGUGGGAAAAUAUCAUGGCAGAGUGUGAUGCCGAAUGGGAAUUGUGUAAAGAAAAUAUCCAGCCUUUGAGACAAGGCCGCUCCGUAUCAGCUUUGCAGCAGGCACUGUGUCAGCAGCAGGAGGGAAACCACACGGCCCUCCAUCAGAAAACACAAGCGUUUGAGUCGGAGCUGCGGCUGUAUGAUGGAGACGAUCCUCUAGAUGUUUGGGUCAGGUACAUUAAAUGGACAAAGCAGGCGACGACUGAGAUUUAUAUCAUUUCAUGUCAGUAUCUGCUCUACUUGUUGAUCUCCAGAGCUCUGCAGGCUCGAGCGUGCAGACAGAUGAUGACUUCUAUGACAGAUCAACACAGAGAGGAUGAUGAUGAUGAUGAUGAAGGACCCGCAGAGCCUCAGCGAUCCUCACUGUUUGAGCUCAAAGCCAAAGGGAAGAAAAAAGCCGUGGUUCCCAUCAACAGAGUGAAGGCCUCGGCCGGAUACGCUCGCGGGCUCCAGUUUAAACAGCCGCUGGGCCCCAAACAGAACAGUCGGCUGGUGAUCUUUGAUGAGAAUAAAGCUUCUGAAACAGAGACGCAGGAGCCCAAAUUUGAGGUCUGGACAGCGCCACCUACUGCCCGAGCCAAAGAGAACGAACAGAAGCCUGAGAAAUGGACCGAUGUGAAGUUGCCUCUGAAGUCCAGAUCGGGCCUCAGCGUCGCCGUCGCACCUCCUAAACCCAGCUUCCAGCCGUUUGUGGAAGAGGACGACCAGCCUCCCGCUGUGACUCCGUGUAAAAUCGACCCGGCGGUGAACUCGGUGCUGUCGGUCAGAAAGCCCUGCAGGCCGGAGCAGACGCCGCUGAAGAUGCUGCAGGAGCUGCAGACGCAGGAGGACGGGACGAGCCGAGAGCAGAGCAUGUACUGCAGAGAGCUGCUCUACAGCGGAGCCAGCGAGUUCUGCUUCGAGGAGCUGCGGGCCGAGCGCUACCGACAGAAACACGCUGUCAAACUACAGAGCACAGAAAGCCAGUAGAAUCCAAUGCAAACUGAAGCGCUUUCUAUCGAGACAGCAGUCGUAGAUGUCUGAAAAAGUUCACACUUGCCUAAAAAAGCUGUAGGCUGCUUACUAGGUUUGAAACGCUAUCUUUAUUUGUUGUAGAUGUCUUUGUGUAUAACCAUUCCUGUGUGUGUACAUACUUUUUCUUUUCUUUUUUUGUAUAUACAUACUUUUUGUAACGCCACAUUGUUUUUUUA